CAAUACGCCAAAGCGUCAUUAAGAGACUCAACUUUCAACUUACAGCCUUCACCAUGAAGUUCUCAACCAUCGUCGCUGCAGCUGUUUCCUCGGCCAUUGCCGUCUCCGGCAACCCCAUCGAGAAGCGUCAAAUCGGCGGCGUAUGUCCCUCUCUUUCACCAUCUUCCUCAUCAUGAUUGAGUCUAACUUGUAUUCACAGGUCCUCUUAUGCACCGGCGCCAACGCAACCGGCACCUGCUCCUACAGCGUCUACGAACUCAAGACUUGCCACCAGCUGCCCGCGCCUUUCCACCACAACACCAGCACGUUUGCGCCCGAUGGCGAAGAUUUCGAGUGCUUCCCGCGUAUCGGUGAUUGCGGCUCCAUCUGCACCAGCCCGACGGGAUGCACCUUUGGCGCCGUCGACUUCAGCUACAAGAACAAGUUUAACCUCGGUGCCAUUAAAUGGAAUACGUUGAUUUCUAGCUUUGACUGCUCGUUGAAGACGCCUCCGAGCACUCAAUGA